AUGGGGGGCAGAGAAAGAGGGAGAGAUAACCAGGAACGGGAUCCGGCGAAGAAAUUGUGCGAAAAGGUCAAACGUCGGGGUGAACUGCGAGGGCCUCCCCCGGAGCGCGUCGGAGCCGGUUUUAUGUUCCCCGGCUCCGCGCAGCUCGACGGAAGCAGCACUGAAAGCCCCCUGCGUCAUUCAGGUGGGACUAUUCCGACGUGCUUUUGGGUGAUUUUAAUUAUGGCUAUGCAAAAGAAGAACACAGUUCGCCUUCCCCCCGAAGUGAAUCGCGUGCUCUACGUCAGAAAUCUACCGUAUAAGAUCAGUGGAGACGAAAUGUACGAUAUCUUCGGAAAGUAUGGAGCCAUACGCCAGAUCAGAGUUGGAAAUACCCCCGAAACUAGAGGUACUGCUUUUGUUGUUUACGAAGACAUUUUUGACGCCAAAAGCGCGUGCGAUCACCUCUCUGGGUUCAACGUGUGUGGACGAUACCUCGUUGUGCUUUAUUACCAAGCAAAUAAAGCAUUCAAGCGCAUGGAUUCCGACCAGAAGCGGGAGGACUUGGAAAAAGUGAAAGCCAAAUUCAAUUUGGGUGGAGCUACGGAAGAACGGAAGUGA